UUAAAAUAUAUUCUGCUUGUUUUCGCAGGUCUGAUUACCGCAGUUUAUGGUCAGAUGUGUGGCGGGUUGGUCCAGGGACUCAACGGGACGAUAGAGAGCCCCGGCUUCCCACACGGGUACCCCAACUAUGCCAACUGCACCUGGAUCAUAGUGACUGGGGAACGCAACAGGAUACAGCUGUCAUUUCACACGUUCGCUUUGGAGGAAGACUUCGACAUCGUCUCCAUCUACGAUGGGCAGCCUCAGCCAGGCAACCUGAAGAUGAGGUUAUCUGGCUUCAUGUUGCCAUCGCCUAUUGUGAGCACAGGUUCAAUCCUGGCGCUGUGGUUCACAACAGAUUUUGCUGUGAGUGCUCAAGGAUUUAAAGCAAUCUACGAAGUGUUGCCGAGUCACACGUGCGGUAACCCAGGCUUGAUACCAAAGGGAAUCAUUCAUGGGUCACGAUACAACAUCGGUGACAAAAUCCGUUACAGCUGCUUGAUGGGAUAUAUCCUGGAGGGCCAUGCCGUACUCACUUGCAUCGUGAGCCCGGGAAGUGGGGCAUCAUGGGACUUCCCUGCUCCUUUUUGCAGAGCUGAAGGAGCGUGUGGGGGGACUCUGAGGGGGACGACGGGCACCAUAACAAGCCCGCAUUUCCCCUCGGAGUACGAGAACAAUGCCGACUGCACCUGGAGCGUCCUGGCCGAGCCGGGAGACACCAUCGCCCUCAUCUUCGCCGACUUCCAGCUGGAGGACAGAUACGACUUCCUGGAGAUCAGCGGCACGGAAGCCCCUUCCGUGUGGCUGACUGGUAUGAAUCUGCCUUCCCCCGUCAUCAGCAGCAAGAACUGGCUCCGACUGCAUUUCACAUCUGACAGCAACCACCGAAGGAAAGGAUUUAGUGCCCAGUAUCAAGUGAAAAAGGCCAUUGAGCUGAAAUCCCGAGGGGUUAAAAUGCUUCAGAGCAAGGACACAAACCACAAAAACACGGCAUUGAGCCAAGGCGGAAUGGCGGCAGACAUUUGCCCGGAUCCCGGAAUUCCUGAAAACGGGAAAAGGAUAGGCACAGAUUUCCAGGUUGGGGCCAGCAUCCAGUUCUCCUGCGAUGACAGCUACGUGCUUCACGGCUCAAAAAGCAUCACUUGCCAGAGAGUGACGGAGACGCUGGCUGCGUGGAGUGACCACAGGCCAAACUGUCGCACAAGAACAUGUGGCUCUAAUUUAAGAGGACCAAAGGGAUUCAUCACCUCCCCAAAUUACCCUGUGCAGUAUGAAAACAAUGCCCACUGUGUCUGGGUAAUAACUGCUGCUGACCCUGCAAAAGUAAUCAAGCUGUCCUUUGAGGAAUUUGAUCUUGAAAGAGGGUACGACACCCUCACAGUGGGGGACGGGGGAAAGAUUGGAGACACACGGAGAGUGCUCUAUGUUCUUACAGGGUCAAGUGUCCCAGACUUGAUAGUGAGUAUGAGCAAUCAGAUGUGGCUCCAUUUGCAAUCAGAUGACACCAUUGGUUCCCAAGGUUUCAAGGCCAAUUAUGAAGAAAUCCAGAAAGGGGGCUGUGGGGACCCUGGAAUCCCAGCCUAUGGGAAACGAACCGGCUCCCAGUUCCUCCAUGGAAGCACACUGACAUUCCAAUGCCAGCCUGCCUUCCAAUUGGUUGGAGAAAGGACAAUUUCCUGCCAGCAGAAUAACCAGUGGUCUGGAAACAAACCCAGCUGUGUCUUCUCCUGCUUUUUCAACUUCACCGCACCGUCGGGAAUCAUUCUCUCUCCCAACUACCCGGACGAGUACGGGAACAACAUGAACUGCGUGUGGUUGAUUAUCGCUGAGCCAGGGAGCCGAAUCCAUCUCAUCUUCAGCGACUUUGACGUGGAGCCUCAGUUUGACUAUCUUACGGUGAAGGAUGAUGGGAUGUCGGAGCCCACCACCUUCGGCACGUUCUCUGGCAAAGACGUCCCCUCCCAGAUAGCCAGCAACGGGCACAUUAUGCGGCUGGAGUUUCAGUCCGACCACUCCAACACGGGAAGAGGAUUCAACAUAACCUACACAACGUUCGGCCAGAAUGAGUGCCACGACCCCGGCAUUCCCAUCAACGGGCAGCGUUUUGGCGACCACUUCCUGCUGGGGAGCACGGUGUCGUUCACCUGCGACGAGGGCUUCAUCAAAACGCAAGGGUCCGAGGCCAUAACCUGCGUGAUCCAGGACGGCAACGUGGUCUGGGAUGCUGCUGUCCCUCGAUGUGAAGCACCUUGUGGUGGGUAUUUAACAGCACUGACCGGAGUUCUGCUAUCCCCUGGCUGGCCUGGCUACUACAAAGACUCCCUGAACUGUGAAUGGGUUAUCGAGGCGAGAAAGGAACACGCCAUAAAGAUAUCAUUUGACAGGUUUCAGACAGAGGUUAAUUACGACACUUUAGAGAUCCGUGAUGGUCCCGUCAGCUCUUCUCCAUUAAUUGGGGAAUACCACGGAACCCAGGCCCCGCACUUCCUCAUUAGCACCAGUAAUUACAUGUACCUGCUGUUCUCCACGGACAACAGUCGAUCCAGUGUGGGCUUCCAGAUCCGCUAUGAGAGCGUUAUGAUGGAAACAGACUCUUGCUUGGACCCUGGGAUUCCAGUCAACGGGAAACGUCAUGGGAACAACUUCGCCAUCGGGUCCAAGGUGACGUUCAGCUGCGAUCAGGGCUACACGCUGAGCGAGGAGCAGCCCGUCGUGUGUGAAAGGAGCCAUCAGUGGAACCACGCGUUGCCCAGCUGCGAUGCUCUGUGUGGAGGCUAUGUCUACGGGAAAACUGGCACGAUCCUUUCACCUGGUUUCCCUGAUUUCUACCCAAACUCACUGAACUGCACGUGGACCAUCGAGGUGCCUCAUGGGAAAGGAGUGCACCUGGUCUUCCACACCUUCCACCUGGAGGACUCCCAUGACUACCUUCUCAUCACGGAGGGCGGGAGCUUCACGGAGCCCGUGGUCCGGCUCACCGGCUCAGUGCUGCCCCCCUCCAUCAAAGCAGGCCUGUUCGGGAACUUCAGCGCCCAGCUGCGGUUCAUCUCCGACUUCUCCAUGUCGUAUGAAGGAUUCAACAUCACCUUCUCAGAGUACAGUCUGGAGCCCUGCGAGGACCCGGGUGUCCCUGCCUACAGCCGGCGGGUGGGGUUCAGCUUCGACGUGGGCGAUUCCCUGGUCUUCUCCUGCUUCUCCGGGUACAGGCUGGAGGGAGAGCGCAGGAUCACCUGUCUGGGAGGGGCCAGGCGGGUGUGGAGCGCAGUCCUGCCCAGGUGUGUGGCUGAAUGUGGCGCUUUUUCUCUGGGGACCGAGGGGACACUGCUUUCCCCAAAUUACCCCAGCAACUACGACAACAAUCACGAGUGCAUUUACCGCAUCGAGACGGAGCGGGGGAAGGGCAUUCGCGUUACUGCCACAACCUUCCAACUACAAGAAGGGGACAGUUUGAAAGUUUACGAUGGAAUGGAUAGCUCAUCUCGACUCCUGGGAAAUUUCACAAAAAAUGACAUGUACGGCGUAGUCAUCAACAGCACUUCAAACCAAAUGUGGAUCGAAUUCAACAGCAACGGGUCAGGCACAGAGAUGGGAUUCAGACUGACAUACAACAGUUUUGACCUUGUUAAAUGUGAAGAACCUGGAAUUCCUAAUUAUGGAUACAAGAUUCAAGACGACGGCCAUUUCGCGAACACAUUUGUGUUGUACAGCUGUAACCCUGGUUACACCCUCCAUGGGAGCAGCACCCUGACCUGCCUUAGUGGUGAUCGCAGGGUCUGGGAUAAAACCUUACCGUCAUGUGUGGCUGAGUGUGGAGGCCUCCUUCAGGGAGCCACAUCUGGGCGUAUUCUAUCACCAGGAUACCCAGCACCCUAUGAUAACAACCUCCAUUGCACCUGGUCCAUCGAGGCUGAUACAGGAAAGACCAUCAGCUUGCACUUUAUUGUGUUCGACACGGAGGUCGCCCACGAUAUCCUGAAAGUCUGGGAUGGUCCGACAGAAGGGGGCAUCCUACUGAAAGAGUGGAGUGGGUUGUCCCUGCCAGAGGACACCCACAGCACCUUCAACAUUUUAACCCUUCAGUUUGACAGCGACUACUUCAUCAGCAAGUCUGGCUUCUCUAUUCAGUUCUCAACUACAACUGCUACCACCUGUAAUGACCCUGGGACACCCCAGAACGGAACGCGCUACGGAGACAGCAGGGAGCCGGGAGACACCAUCACCUUCAUGUGCGACCCUGGAUAUCAGAUACAGGGCAUGGCAAGAAUAACGUGCGUUCAGCUCAACAACAGGUUUUUCUGGCAACCUGAUCCUCCCACGUGCAUUGCCACCUGUGGAGGUAAUGUGACAGGCCCCGCUGGGGUAAUUCUAUCACCCAACUACCCUCAGCCGUACCCACCAGGAAAGGAGUGUGACUGGAGGAUAAAAGUCAGUCCUGACUUCGUCAUUGCCCUAAUUUUCAAAAGCUUCAACAUGGAGCCCAGCUAUGACUUCCUGCACAUUUAUGAGGGGGAGGACUCCAAUGGCCCUCUUAUCAGCAGCCUUCAGGGGAACCAGGCUCCCGAACGCAUCGAGAGCAGCGGUAACAGCCUGUUCCUGGCCUUCCGCAGCGACGCCUCCCUGGGCCUGUCCGGCUUUGCUAUCGAGUACAAAGAGAAGCCCCGGGAGGCCUGCUUUGACCCCGGAAACAUCAUGAACGGAAGCCGCCUUGGGACAGACUUCAAGCUGGGGUCGACGGUGACCUACCGCUGUAACUCUGGGUACACCGCGGCGGGUCCGCCCACCAUCACGUGCAUCAUCGGGGCUGAUGGGAAGCCAGUGUGGGACAAGGCCCUCCCAACCUGUAAAGCACCUUGUGGAGGACACUAUACUGGAUCUGAGGGGGUGGUGUUGUCUCCAAAUUACCCAUCCAACUACACGGCUUCCCAAACCUGCUCAUACUACAUCACCGUUUCUGGAGAAUUUGUGGUGUUUGGGCAGUUUGCCUAUUUUCAGACAGCGAUGAACGACUCGGUUGAGCUGUUUGAUGGGGCUACCCAGAAUGCCAGGCUGCUGAGCUCUCUGGCUGGCUCUCAUUCUGGUGAGACCUUGCCUUUGGCGACCUCAAACCAAAUUAUGCUGAGGUUCGGUGCAAAGAGUGGCCCGACUGCCAGGGGUUUCCAUUUUGUUUACCAAGCGGUUCCCCGCACCAGUGACACCCAGUGCAGCUCUGUUCCAGAGCCCAGGUACGGCCGGCGGAUCGGGUCCGACUUCUCUGCUGGGUCCAUCGUACGCUUCGAAUGCAGUCCUGGAUACCUGCUGCAGGGAUCCAAAGCAAUCAAGUGCCACGCUGUUCCCAAUGCUCUGGCACAGUGGAAUGACACCAUACCUAUCUGUACAGUUCCGUGCAGUGGGAAUCUGACGGAAAGGAGGGGUACCAUCCUGUCCCCUGGGUUCCCUGAGCCUUACGGAAACAGCCUGAACUGCGUGUGGAGAAUCACUGUCACAGAAGGGGCUGGGAUCCAGAUCCAAGUGAUGAGCUUUGCUACAGAGCACAACUGGGAUUCCCUGGAAAUCUACGAUGGCGGAGACAUGACCACACCAAAACUGGGGAGCUUUUCAGGAACCACGGCCCCGGCUUUGCUCAACAGCACCUCAAAUCAGCUUUACCUACAUUUCCAUACCGAUAUCAGCGUGGUCGCCGCUGGGUUCCACUUAGAAUAUAAAACGGUUGGCCUCACCACUUGCCCGGAGCCACUGGUGCCUAGCAAUGGAAUAAAGACGGGCGAUCGAUACAUGGUGAACGAGGUGGUGUCGUUCAGCUGCGAGGCCGGAUAUAUUCUGCAGGGGCACUCCCAUAUCUCGUGUAUGCCUGGGACAGUACGCCGUUGGAACUAUCCCCCUCCUCUCUGCAUAGCCCGCUGCGGUGGAACCCUCUACGACCUCAGCAAUGUCAUCUUAAGCCCUGGAUUUCCUGGAAACUACCCCGGUAAUCUGGACUGCACCUGGAGGAUUCUGCUACCUGUCGGAUACGGCUCUCAUAUCCAGUUUUUAAACUUUUCCACGGAGGACAACCAUGAUUUUUUAGAGGUGCGCAAUGGACCACACCACACUAGCUCCUUGAUUGGUCAAUUCAGUGGAAGCCAACUCCCACCCUCACUGCUAAGUACAACACACGAAACGGUGAUUCAUUUUUACAGCGACCACUCUGAAAAUAGACAGGGGUUUAAACUGACCUACCAAGCAUAUGAACUAAAGAACUGUCAAGAUCCCUCCCCCUUCCACAAUGGAUACAUUAUUAACAGUCAGUAUAAUGCUGGCCAAUCCAUAACCUUCGAGUGCUUCCCUGGCUACAUUCUGAUUGGACACCCUGUGCUCACGUGUCAGCAUGGCAUCAACAGGAAAUGGGACCAUCCUUUUCCUCGGUGUGAAGCUCCUUGUGGAUACAACGUUACAGCGCAGAAUGGAACGAUAUACUCCCCAGAGUACCCUAACGAGUACCCCAACUCUCAAGACUGCGCCUGGCUCAUCACGGUGCCACACGGUCACGGCAUCUACAUCAACUUCACCCUGCUGCAGACGGAGCCCGUCACAGACUACAUCGCCGUGUGGGAUGGCCCAGACCAGCACUACCCCCAGCUCGGUGUGUUUAGUGGGAACACUGCGCUGGAAUCAGCCUACAGCUCCUUCAAUCAGGUCCUCAUCCGGUUCCACAGCGAUUUCUCCACCAGUGGAUUCUUUGUCCUCAAUUUCCACGCUUAUCGUCUGAAGAAAUGUGCUGCACCUCCUGCUAUUGAAGAGGCAGAGCUCAUUUCUGAGGAUCGGGAUUAUGAAAUAGGAGACAUUGUGCAGUUCCGGUGCCUCCCAGGGUUUUCAUUGGUUGGCAAUGAGGAACUCACCUGUAAGCUGAACUCACAUUUGCAGUUUGAAGGCCCCGCCCCUUCCUGUGAGGCCCAGUGCCCUGCGAAUGAAGAAAGGACUGCUUCAUCUGGGGUGAUCCUCAGUCCAGGCUACCCAAGAAACUACCCCAACUCCCAGACCUGCUCCUGGGCUAUUAAAGUCAAGCCCAGCUACACCAUCUCCAUUUAUGUGGAGAUGUUUCAAAGCGAGAAGCAGUUUGAUGAACUGGAAAUCUUUGAUGGAGCCUCAGGCCAGAGCCCCUUGUUAGUGGCCCUAAGUGGGAACCACUCCACCCAGCUGAACUUCACAAGCAAGACAAACCAGCUGUACCUCAGGUGGUCCACAGAUCAUGCAACCAGCAAGCGGGGAUUCAAAAUACGCUACACAGCUGCGUACUGUAGCAUAAACAACCUGCCUCGAAACGGGGGAGUCUUCAACAGAACUGGGGAGCAGCCAGGUAGCAGGUUACGCUACUUCUGCAACAGGGGGUACAGGCUUGUGGGCCAGAGCAACGGCACCUGCAGUUUGCACCCGAACGGACUGUAUCAGUGGGACGCCCCUGCUCCUCUCUGUCAAGCUAUAUCCUGUGGAAUUCCCGACCCCCCUGGUAAUGGUUCCUUCCAUGGUUUCCAGUACACUGUGGGGAGUAAAGUCCAUUAUCAGUGUAAUGAAGGGUACAGGAUGGAGAGCAGCCGGUCUAUGAGUGCCGUCUGUCAGGGGGAUGGGUCAUGGAGUGACACGGCACACCCACCACGCUGUCUGCCGAUACAGUGCCCCAGCAUCGACACGCUGCUCUCAGAAAACAUGGUGUGGCGUCUCAUUUCUGGCUCGCUGAAUGAAUUUGGGGCGCAGAUUAUGCUGACCUGUACCCCCGGCUUCUACCUUGGAGGCAGAAGAAUCAUCAAGUGCUUGGCUAAUGGAACCUGGAAUGGCAUUGAGGAGAAGUCCACCUGCAAGAUCAUUUCCUGUGGGGACCUUCCCUCUCCACCAAAUGGCAACAAGAUCGGCACCUUGUCCACGUUUGGCGCCACGGCGAUAUUCACGUGUAACACGGGUUACACGCUGUCAGGCUCACACGUGCGGGAGUGCGGAGCAAACGGACUGUGGAAUGGAGUCGAAACAAAAUGUCUGGCGGGCCACUGUGGUUCCCCUGACCCAAUCACAAAUGGUCACAUUAGUGGAGACGGGUUCAGCUACCGGGACACGGUUGUCUACCAGUGCAACCUGGGGUUUCGCCUAAUUGGCACCUCCGUUCGGAUUUGCCAGCAGGAUCACAAAUGGUCAGGACAUGCACCUGUCUGUGUCCCCAUUACAUGCGGUCACCCUGGCAACCCUGCGCAGGGGCGCACCAACGGGAGCGAGUUCAAUCUGAACGACAUUGUCAACUUCACCUGCUAUACCGGAUACCUGCUGCAUGGUGCUGCACGUGCUCAGUGCAGGGCGAACGGCCAGUGGAGCAACUCUCUCCCAGUCUGCAGGGUGGUAAACUGCUCAGAUCCUGGCUUUGUGGAGAACGCCAUUCGUCACUCCCAGCACAACUACCCAGAGAGCUUCAGCUACCAGGCUAGUGUGAUGUAUCACUGCAAGAGGGGCUUCUAUCUGCUGGGUUCAUCAGUCCUCACCUGCCAGUCAAACGCUUUCUGGGACCGAUCCCUUCCUAAGUGCCUUUCCAUUUCCUGUGGCGAUCCUGGCACGCCGCCCAACGCCGUCAUGUCAGGGAGGAAGUUCAGCAACAGUGCUGUGGUGCAUUACACCUGCAGCCAGGGAAGAACGCUGGUGGGAAAUGCCAGCCGGGUCUGUCUGGAGGAGGGGCGCUGGAGUGGAGCACCCCCCUACUGCUCAGGGGGAAGCGCGGGUUUCUGUGGGGACCCCGGCGUCCCGCCUCGCGGCUCCAGGCUGGGAGAGGAGUUUAAACUGAAGAGCCUCCUGAGGUUCACCUGUGAGACGGGCUACUCCCUGAUCGGGUCUGCAGAGCGCACCUGCCUUCUCAACGGCUCCUGGAGUGGGACACAGCCUGUGUGCGAAGCGGUGUCCUGCGGGAACCCUGGCACACCUGCCUUCGGGAAGAUUGUAUUCAGCGACGGCAUUCUCUUCUCCAACUCGGUGACGUAUGCCUGCUGGGAUGGGUACAAGACGUCCGGCCUCACCACCCGGCACUGCACCACCAACGGCACCUGGACCGGGUCCGCCCUGGACUGCACGGUGAUCAGCUGUGGAGAUCCGGGUUCAGUGGCAAAUGGGAUUUAUAUUGGAAAUGAAUUCACUUUUAAUAAGACGGUAAAAUAUCACUGCAACCCAGGAUACAUUAUGGAGCCUGUAGGAUCUUCCACUUUACUCUGCACCAAAGACGGGACGUGGAAUCAGACCAAACCCAACUGCAGGGUGAUCGUGUGCAGCCAGCCCCCGGUCAUCAGUAAUGGGAAAGUGGAGGGCUCAGACUUCCAGUGGGCCUCCAGCAUUUCCUACAGCUGUCUGGAGGGGUACCAGCUGUCCCUGCCUGGCAUCGUCACGUGUGAGGGGAACGGCACCUGGCGCGGUGACGUCCCACAGUGCCUACCCAUUCUGUGUGGAGAGCCUGGCAUCCCAGCAGAGGGCCACAUGGAGGGAAAGCUCUUCACCUACAGGUCAGAGGUCACCUUCCAGUGCCAGCCCUCUUUCCUGCUGGUGGGGUCGUCCAGGAGAGCGUGUCAGGCAGAUGGGACCUGGAGUGGCAUUCAGCCUUCCUGUAUAGAUCCUGCAUACAAUACGUGUAGAGAUCCUGGAAGUCCAGCGUACGGGAUUCCAGUGCAGGCACAAGGAUAUGAGGUUGGAAGCAAAAUCUUCUUUAAGUGUCGGAAAAACUACCACAUAUUGGGGUCUACGACGAGAACAUGCCUUGAAAACUUAACAUGGAGCGGAGUACAACCGGAAUGCAUAUCUCAUUCCUGCAGGCAGCCCGAGACGCCAUCCCACAUCGACGUGAAGGCUAUAGAUCUUCCCACUCUGGGAUACACGCUAAUGUACACGUGUCAGCCCGGCUUUUUUCUGGCUGGGGGAUCUGAACACAGAACAUGCAAAUCAGACGGGAAAUGGUCUGGAAAGCCGCCCAUCUGUAAAGUUGGGCCCAAAAUAAACACCAAAACAAAAGGAGCAGAUUCUGGUGUGCAGAAAAACAAGAUCCAUGUUCCUGCUGAUGUGUUUUCUUUGAACUCUGGCUGGACUGGGUUUUAUGAGUACUUGGGGAAAAGACAGGUUGCCACCAUAACUGUCAGUGGAUUCAAUGUGACAACCAGUAAAGUCAAUGUCACACUUUUGGAACACAAUACAGUCCAAAUUAAACUGUCAGGGACAUAUAAGAAAGAGGAAAACCAUUUGCUGCUAAAGGUUUACCAAGUCAGAGGUCCUGCAGCACUUUCUUUCAGCAAAUUUAAGAAUGACAACUGGGCAAUGGAUGGAUAUGUGACAGCAGAAUCGGACAAGAAUACAUUUGUGUAUCAAGGUUUUAUACAUGGAAAGGAUUUUGGAAAAUUUCAGUUCACAAGACAAGGUCUUAUAACAACAGAUAUGGACCCUUCGAAUCCAUAUUAUGGCACAAACAGUAGCUCAGUGGCAGCUGCUAUUUUAGUGCCGUUCUUUGCUCUAAUUCUAUCAGGGUUUGCCUUUUACCUCUAUAAACACAGAACAAGACCAAAAGUACAGUUCAACGGCUACGCAGGGCACGAGAACACGAACGGACAGGCUUCGUUUGAGAACCCCAUGUACGACACAAACAUGAAGCCUACCGAGGCCAAAGCGGUCAGGUUCGACACAACUCUAAACACGGUCUGCACAGUGGUAUAACCUUCAUGGUCUGCGUUUGACUGGUCCGCAGCCAUACCUCUUGGGUACGCAGUGACUUCUUUGAUGCCAUAUGCCAAUUCUCCCUUGCGACUUCGCUUUGCUACAGUAAGACCGUGUAUUCACUUUAUACAAACUUCCCUGUGGAUAUGAUCAAACGAUCAAUUAUAAGAAGACUCUUUUAUGGACAUAUUACAAAAAACAGACUUUCCAUGCAGCAAGACCAAGAUUGUGGCCGAGAUUACAAUGGAAUUAAAGAUACUUUCUUGAAUUUAAAAGUUUUUACCUUUCAUGACCCUUACAUAAAGAAAGUUUUUUUUUAUUUUUUUUUUUAUUUCUAUUUUUCCAAAAUAAUUAUCUUGGGACAAUGUUGAAGUGUCUUGAAAAGCCACAUAAUUGUUGACAAAAGGAAUUCCUUCAUUGAAGAUGAACCAUAAAGGAAAGUCUUUGAACCAACGUGGUUGCUUGUACCUGGCUAGACUCCACUAAUACGAGCGAGAAUAAGCUACAGCUGCAAGAGUCCCGCAGAUGAAUUUUGCUAUCAAUUCUCUCGAUAGCAGAGGGAUUUCUCUCAGCUGUUGUGUUGCAAAAACAUUACUGCACAAUUUUUGCACUAGUGUGUUAUGAAUGGAUUUCAAACUGGUUCAAAAGAGAAAAGAAUACUAGCAAACAGAAAUACAUACAGGGUUUCUAUACGCCGUUUCUAUACGCUGAUCAUGUGUAUAUAAACUUGUGUUUCCAUGGAUGCAGGAAGCAUGUUGUCAUUCUAAGUUUUGACAGGUUGAUUUUAUUUUCUACUGAUUUUGCAAAAAACAAAGAAAUGGAAAGAAAAUAAAAAUUAUUACGAGUCUUCACAUUUGAACUGCAGUUCAACCCCUUGGGCCCAACUGGGAAUGUUGUUUUUCUUCAAUCAUUUAACAUUUUUAAUGCUUACUGUUGGUAUCUUACACCAGUGUCCACAUUAUUUUAUUUUUAUUAUUUUUUAAUGGAGGCCCAGGACUUGUAGAGUGUCAGUUAAAUAGUAUGAGUGAGGUUUUUUUUUUCUUGGUUGGGUUUUACUUUCCUUUUUAUUUUUUGUUUUUAUGUGAUUUAGUUAUUAAUAGUUAUUUGUAUUCCUCUUCUGGUGUGAUGCAGCACAUUAACCAUCUUCAAGAAAUUAGUAGAUGGGAGUUUACUGUAAUGCAGUAGAUGGCCUAUACGUGAGUACCUAUGGGGGUCAGUUGCUGGCUCUCUCACUGAAUCCACUGAAUGUUUUUGGUUUGUUACAUUUUUUUCUUUCAUUUGUUAUGCUCUUGGUAUUUCUACAAAAUUGCAGCAGUGCUCCAUUAUGCGUAUUUUGGGUCAGCUGUUUGUUACACGAGAUGAAGCUAUGUGAAAACAUGUACAGCAGCAUCAGAAAAUAGCAACAAAAUAUCUAACAAAGGGGGGUUCUACAAAUCUUCUCAUGUGAAUACCAUCUGCAGAGAGGGGUUUUAUUUCUCUAUAAUGCUGUAGAAAAUGAAGUGUUUAUUUUUCGAAAAUGCUGCAUUUACUUUCUAUCACAGCUGUGAGUGCAUGUGUGUUUAUAGUGUGUUUUCUGUGUACUGGUGAAUGCCCGAGAAGGUUCAGAUCAGGACAACGUUCCUUCCCGGGCAGCCAUGGAAUUAGCGCAGAGAGUUCUACGUCGUCUCGAAAAACGCGUUGGCAAGAUUAAUUUUUAUUACAUAUCCCCUCCCAUUGUAAUUCGACAUAUCUCAAAGAAGAUAAUUUGAUGACAUGCUUCAAAAUUACAACCCAUGGAACACUGCCUUAUUGAAUUGGAAAUGUGACAUGGCCAAUACGUUUGCUACACUAAUGAUGUAUUUCAUUGUGCCACCAAUGUGUGUGUCGAAGCGCUGGGCUCCCCAGGAGCAUAUACACUGUGAUUCCAAAAGUCAUGGUUGAGCAAGCUGAUCAGAUUGGUGACAUAGUGUGUGCGCUCAUCUAUUCAGUUACAGCCUUCUUUAUGUAUGUGUGAAUUCCCUGCUAAUCGCUGUGUUCAAAUCAGACAUCUGUUGCAUCUGCAUUCAGAUCCAUUCAUCAGUGGCAUAGAAAAUAUGAACUAUAACCUUGUGAAAUGUUUACCGAUAUCAGAUUUUGUCCAAGUCAUUUCAGCGCAGAGGGGAAGUUUGCAGUGCGUGCGUCGUGCGUGUGUGCGUGUGUAUGUGCGCGCGAGCGUGCAUCAUCAAGUGUACAUCUUUAAAAAGUAUGUAAAAUAAGAAGCAUUCGCUUAACCUUAAUUUUUCUAAGAAAUUUUAUAUUUUUCAUUUAAUAUUGCUGAAAUCAGUACCUAUGGUAAAAAUGGUGCGUCAAAUCUGGAAAGCUGAGGUGCAGAAUCUGGGAUGGAGUCGGUCUCCCGCCUUCCUCCAUUUGCUUCUUGUGAUGUUUUUACCUGCUGCUGCUUUCCCCUACAUCUCCUGCCUCCAGGCUCACUGCAAUAACGUCGCCCGUUCCUCCUCUGUAAAAUACCUUCGCCGUCAGAGCUGUAAAUCUGCCUCGCCAUCAACUGCAUCGCCAUUUUACCAUGCGCUUUUGACUUGAAGUAGGAGCAGAAGAAAAUGUUUUUUGUACAGAAAUAUAUUUUUUAUGACAAAUUUGUAAAAUGAUUAAAUAUGCUGUACUUUUUUGAAUAAUGUAGGUAUAAAAUUGUUAAAAUAAAUGUUUUUACUAUACGAAA